AUGCAGAGUCUUCCCCCGUCUGACAUACGUCUCCCAGCCGAGAUAGUGGUGAUGGUUUGCUCUUGUCUAGGGAAACAAGACCAGCUUAACUCAAGAUUGGUGUCUGGCAAGCUUCAUUACGCGGCAACAAUUCAAGCCUUUAGAUCCAUCAGGCUCAAGCCUGACGGCGAUUCGCCUUUGCAAUUUAGACAAAUUGCAUUGUCAGAUAAACUGCGAGGUUUCGUCAAAGAGGUGACGAUCGAUACGGAGCUGGAUCCAGGCGUUCCGUUCCAUUCCGAAGCCGAGGACUUCUCUAUUUGCCAAAAUUUCCUUGAGUUUCUUCCCUACCUAGGCAUGUUCAACAAUCUCAAGCAUCUACAUAUUCGAUUCAGCCGAUCGUCUAAUCCACGAAGCAACAACAUAGAGGAGAGUUUACACUACCGGUACUUGGUCUUGGACAUUAUUUCGCAUUGCGUGGUCGGGAUGUGGACACUGGGAUAUCGAAAAACGGUCUAUGGUGCAAUGCUACCGCCUGCGAGCAGCCAUAUGUUCAGAUAUAAACAUGAUACGCCAGUCCUACUGGGAGCCUCGCUACAGAUCAAAGAACUUACCAUUUCACAUCUCGUCGGCUACAAUGAUCCCAGACUGAUCCAUUCCAAGGCCUGGAACAUGCUACUCCGGUUGCCAACCAUCAUCGAUCUGAAACUGCUGAUGGGAGAAAAUCACCCCGAAAACGGAACCGAUCUCUCUGCUGGGAGGUCCGAAUUCUUCAGUGCUUUGCCGUCAAAGUGGCUCCAACCUGAUGUAGUCCAGAAACUACAAGUAUUGUCACUGUUCUAUACAGACUUCUGGGGCUGGUUCCCGAGAAUGGACCUGGACCAACUUGGCGACUUGCCAUCCCUUAGGGUUCUGGCCCUUGGGCGCUAUAUCUUUACCGAUAAGAAACAGACAGACUGGAUCGCGUUUCUGGGGCAGAACAAUAAGAGCGGAGGGCUUGAAGAGCUUUAUAUUGACGAGUGUUGCAUCAUGUUUCAAGCUCACCAGCGUGGGCCUUUGGCAGCUGGUGGUUAUCCAAUUCUAGCCGCUGACAUAGAACGUACCGAAUACGACAUACGAUGGCAUCACGUGCUGUCAGAAUGGAGGAUGAGUAUGAAAGGCCUCAAGAAAUUUGCCAUGGGAGUUGGAGACUUUGGUUGUCCCGUUCGCACCAUCGUGCCUUUUUUCCCAUGGGGUCCGUUCAGUGCGGCCAUGAUCGUGGCAGGCGACCCUCCACAGUGGUAUUUCGGGCACAAUCGCCACAGAUUCUUUGCAGAUCCUGGACCAGAAGACUUUGUCGUACGCCUCUUCGACGCCUAUCAGUCACGUCGCCAGAGCUCGAGGGCGGUGCCAAUGGGGAACUACUUGCUGGGCGCGGGAUUGACACAGAGUCGGAGAGCACGGAUGCGAUACGCUUCGUAUGACGUUCGCUCGCCAUAUGGUUGGUUUAUGGGCAAUCAGUUUACGAACGGGGGCUAUGAUCGUGCUUGGGCACCUGAGCAAGAAACUGUCGAGUUUGACGAUGCUGCUUACGCAUUGCUUAUGGAGACUAUCCGAGAUAGACUAAGAUCUUAG